CUGCUGGUGGUCUCUGUUCUGGCACAGGAUUGCUCAUCACCAGCAGCUACCCGGGAGACUUUUGGCCAAUAUCUAUUAUGUAUGAAACAGAGUAUCGAUCAGAACUAUAUGCUUUACGAAAACGAGAUUCGGGAGCAUGGCAGACGAGCAGCACUGGCAUGUUUCUCGCCAAGCAUCGAUGAGGGUAAUAAGAAUGAUCGUUGUGUCCUUAAUCAGAAUGAUCUGAACCAAGUGGCAUGGGAUCGUCAUGGACCACUUAGGGACUGCACUAUUUGCAGAACGUUCGCAUCUGGUGCAUUGAAGGCACUGAAAUCCACUCCAGAAGAGGAUCAGAGGUGUAUCCGUACCGAGAUCACAAAGGCUAUUGCUCGUGAAGCUAACUACUGCCUUCAACGGAAAAUUUCUGGCUUCGCUGGUGUUCCCGAUAUCCCAGACAUUGAGGAGGGAUCUUUCAAUCACAAGGACUCCGUGAUUUCUUACAUCUCGGACCAUAUUCUGAUCCAAUCUCGAUUGGCUUUUUGUCGUGAAAGAAAACCUGCUCGUGCAGCGAACACCAACAAAUGCUUGCAUAAUCCAUUUGUCGGAUAUCUCGCUGAACAUUGCAAAGUGUUGUCAUCAUGCGAUGGUCGACUUGCCACUGGAACAUGUGCCAAGACUAUACCACAAACUCGUACUGCCACUUGUAACUGUAUCACCGAUGCUCGGGAUGAACUCAAGAAGAGAAUCGCCUCCAUCUCCACCGUAUUCAACGAUCUUCUCUCUGGUCGUUCUGGAAUCGCUAUCGGAUCUGCGAACAAGGUCGACACCUGUGUUUCUAGUAUCAAGAAGCAGAUGGUAACACCCGUUAACGAUUGGGUUGCCGUUAUUGACUCAGCUUUGACCACCUGUAUCAAGAAGAAGCCAGCUGGACAAAAUCUUGGCAUGGAAUCGAUGCUCAAUGUAGGGUGCCGAAAGGUAUUCGCUGAUACAACUGGAGCCGCUGCGGAUCAGCUCAAGACAGGAUUCGAUUUCGUUAAUAAUCUCAUCGACGCGAUGGUUGAGCGUAGUGGACGUUUCUGCGGUACUCACUGCCUCCAAGCAUAA